CUUUCUUUCUCUUUUGUUUUCAAUAUGAAAUCUUUAUUCUGUACUUUAUUACUUAUUGUACUUGUAUUUGUUACCCAUGUCUCUUGCUAUCUAGCAGAAAAAAGUUCGCCUUUUACUGUCCAUAUAUCCCUUCAGCAACAACAAGAUGAACCUAUCAAACUAAAAGCGGGUGACACGAUAGAAAUAAAAUGGAAUAUGGUACCUGGUGUGCGUUUCCCUCUUUAUGGCUAUGCAUCUUCAAGAACAGCCAAGACAGAUGGUAAGUCACCAAUACAUGUUCAGUUACUCAUAAGUAUAUAUAUAGUUGGAUUACUUACAACACAUGAUGUUUCUCGUACACAACCUUAUGUAUAUACCAUCAGCACAGACCUCUCAAUAUUAGACAACAGCUAUAUCUGGACAGUGGGUCACGAUAUUCCAAGCGGAGAGUAUCAGAUUGGCAUAGGCUUCUUUUACCAUGAAGUAGCUUAUCAAAAGUUUGUUGUUUUGUAAAUAUAUUUAUGACGUCAAGUAUACACCAUUGUAAUAAAAUAAUCAAUCGUAGCACACUUCAAAGUGAUACAUCCUCGGAUCAACCGAAUAAAUGCCUCGGCUUUUAUAGUGCAUGUAUUUGCUUAACAAAAAAAAAAA